UUCUGGGUUUGGAGAGCCCCUGAGGAAGCUUGCGGCCAAGGCGACUGACACCACCGGCUCUAGUCUCGGCCUGUUACUUAGUUGGGUGACUGAGUCACGUCGCGUAUCUGGGGUCCAAAUUCUUGUCUUUAAAAUGAGCGAGGAGGAUGGAUGGUACCCUAUUCGUUUGUGAGGAAGAGCCGCUGUUCAUUUGUUAAAGCGUUGGGUCGGCCCCCUGCCUGCCUUCAGGAGCUGAACUCAUCCCUCUCCUCAACCCAGAGCUUCCAGGAGAGCGGGGACUUCGCUGUCGCAGCUAACCUAAAGGCUUCCCUGUUAAGUGUCCAAUUUAUUGUUGGUUGAUAUUUAUUAAGGCUGAAACAUCUUAUGAACUUUUAGUGCAAUUUAACUGAUAAAUUGAAAUUUCCUUUAUCAGCCCUUCCCCACGUCUUCAUUCCUCUCUCUCUUUGACUUCCUUCAAAAUACUGCUGGCCAAAAGAGAUCAGUUGAUGGUGUAAUGUGAAACGAAAGGAUUCCUCCAGGUAUCAAGAAACUGAUAAUGUUUCCUUGAAUUCGCUAAUGUAUUUGUUUCAUCAAUGUCACUCAUACUGAAUAUCUUAAGAGAGAUGCUGGAAUAUUUUGGUGUUCCCAUAGACCAGGUUUUGCAGAUUAGAGAAAAUAAAGACUAUGGAUCAGCUCGGAGUAUUGUUCGUCUUAUUGGGAAAAUUCUUCCUCUAGAUCCUUGUCCCAGGCCUAAUUUUGAGUUGAUCCCUCUAUUGAACUCUGUAGACCCUGGUAACUAUGGAUCUGUAGUUCCAUCUUUUGCUGAUACUUUGCGUGUGGCAAAUGAUGAAGAAGGCAGUUAUCUCAGAUUUCGAAAUAGCAUAUGGAAAAAUGAAGAAGAGAAGAAAAUGGAAUUUUUCCAUCCUUUGCCACCAGUUUGGAAUCCACUGCUGCCUGCUCCAAGACAGAAUAAACGGACCAAAAACGAUGGGCCUGUAAAUGAAGCUGCAAUUAAAAAAAUAGCUGCCCUCGAAGAUGAGCUGACUUUUCUUCGCACUCAGAUCGCUGCAAUUGUGCAAAUGCAGGAACUGAAAAACCGUGCAAACGCUGGCCUCUUUGACUUGAACAGCGAACCUAGCAGAUUGGGACAAAGGCCAUCGCCAGGAACUGCUGAACUGAGUGUCAAACCAGAUCCAUUUUCAAGUUCAGUGUUCUUCCCUCCACCUGCUCCUCCUCCUCCAGUGCCCCCUCAGCUUUCUUCUCCGCAACGUCCAUGUUCACUCACAUGGCCAGGAACUAAUAAUACAUGUAACUCAGAUAACUCAGCAAAUGAAGUGAAAAGACAGCAGUCAGGUGAUAGUAAGACUAAUGACAGUCAUCGUUCGAAAAGCCAGGAAAAUAAAGAUGUUCCGAAUAUGUUGGACAUUCUAAAGGAUAUGAAUAAGGUUAAGCUCCGUGCUGUGGAACGGUCACCUGGAGGUAGACCCAUUCAUAAGAGGAAAAGACAAGAUUCACACUGGGAUCCAGUGUCUUUAAUAUCCCAUGCACUUAAGCAGAAAUUUGCAUUCCAAGAAGAUGAUUCCUUUGAGAAAGAAAAUAGGUCUUGGGAGUCUUCUCCAUUUUCUAGUCCAGAAACUUCAAGAGUGAGCUAUAAUAACGUAAAGUUAAUUUUUUAAUUUUUCAAAAGCGUAUUGUCCAUGAUGUAUCUCUGCCUUCAAGUUCUCUUGAAGUUCUUGCACAGAAUGGACCAUACAGUUAUUUGCUGGUACCGCUAACGUUUCUGUUGUUUCUGUUAACUUUUACAUGCUCCUUUUUUGCUUGUACCUUACUAUGAAUUUUUUUUUUAAAUAAAACACUUGAUUUGAAAAAUA